AAAUCAGGGCUCCCUCCAGCAUACGUCACCGCCCAACACCUCCCAGUGAUCAUCACCGACUGGCUUCAAGUCACAGCCGCAGCCACGAGCGCGUCGUCCUGCGCAUGCCCGGAACCCUUCUACAGCUUCCGUCGCAGAGCUAAUCCUUCGUCCGUGCCGCAGCGCAUCGUUACACCACCGCGCCGUGAGCAAUCCCCUCCACGAUUACCACCGUCAUCAUCACCACCAUCACCAACACCAACGUCCAAAUCCUCCCACCCAACCCCCUCCAAAACCGCAACCAUGGCCUUCCGCGGCUUCUCCUUCGGCUUCUGGCGCAUCUUGCAAAUCAUCACCCUCAUCCCCACCCUCGGCAUGCUCGCCUACUUCGUCGACUUCUACACGACCCGCAACCUGCUCACCCCUCGGGACAUCCUGAUCCUCUUCAUCGUCUCCGUGCUCGGCGCCGCCUGGACCUUGGGCACCCUCUUCCUGUACGCUCGCGCCCGGCACAGCGCCGCCUUCGUGGCCUUUGUCGAUUUGCUGUUCGUAGGCGCGUUUAUCGGCGCCGUGUAUGAGCUCAGAGGGAUCGCCGAUGCAGAUUGCAGUCAUUUCGAGAGAGAUACUUAUAGCGUGAGUCUGGGGGAUUGGUUCGGCAUCAGCGGCCAGUAUCCGCGGUUGGUGACGAACAAGGAGUGCGCCAUGCUCAAGGCGAGUUUGGCCUUCGGAAUCAUGAACUGCAUCUUCUUCUUCCUCACCUUCCUCCUCGCCCUCUCCAUCAAGAGCAAAUACGAGAAGCGCGAGACCCAUCACGUCUCGCGCCACGCCCACCGCAGCCCGCGCCGCUCCCACCACAGCAGCCGCCGCAGCAGCCACUACGUCUAAAUCGGUUUUGGCCGAGACGAUGUCGAUACGAAGAUUUGGCGACGGUGGUAACGAGAUCAUGGAUAUUUGAAUGAAGCAGUGUGUAUACGAAUUUUCGAUAGGGGUUUGAUGGAGAUAUUCCUGACAGAAGCCCGGAGCCCUUUACGACUUGACGACGUCAUGGAUUGCGUGUAUACUUCUUCUAUUCCAACGAGAUAUCUCUUUGUUUCUCUCAUGUAUCUUCGUGUCCUACUUAACGACACGAUACCCGUGUCGAGAGCUUAAUACCCAGAUGGUUAGCAAAAUCAACAUUCAAUCUAUUCCUCCAUGCUUGCAGCUCCUCGUAAAUCCGCGCCCUGUUCCGCCUUCUUCCUCAUACCGUAUACUCAUGGCGCAAGGGGAUAAAUUGGAUGAUGAUUGAGGAU